AUGAAGACCGACUUCAAGUUCUCCAACCUUUUGGGGACGGUCUACCGUCAGGGCAAUUUGCUCUUCACGCCCGAUGGCACCUGCUUGCUCUCGCCAGUGGGCAAUCGAGUCUCGGUCUUUGACCUGGUGCAGAACACCUCCUAUACCCUUCCCUUCUCACACCGCACGAACAUCGACCGCCUCGAUCUAUCGCCUCGAGGCAAUCUUCUGCUCACCGUCGACGAGACCGGACGGGCAAUCCUGACCAAUUUCCAACGUCGCAUUGUCAUUCACCACUUCUCAUUCAAGGGUCGUGUGACUGCUCUCAAGUUCUCUCCGUCUGGUCGCCAUUUCGCAGUCGGUGUGGGGAGACGCUUGCAAAUCUGGCAGACCCCCUCCACCCCCGGUACCGAGACCAAUGGCGAGAUUGAGUUCGCUCCGUUCGUCCUACACAGAGACCUUGCUGCACACUUCGACCAUAUUUCGACUAUUGAGUGGUCGAGUGAUUCGCGCUUCAUUCUCACAGCGUCCAGGGAUUUGACUGCACGAGUAUGGAGUUUGGAUCCUGAGGAUGGGUUUGAGCCGACCACCUUGGCCGGUCACCGGCAAGGCGUGGUGGCCGCAUACUUCAAUGCGGAACAGGAAAAGAUCUACACCGUCAGUCAAGACGGAGCCCUUUUCCGCUGGGAGUAUGUGACCAAGAAAGACCCAGAGACGGACGAGGAUAUUGCGGAAGCCCGUUGGAGAAUUGUGAAGAAGGACUUCUUCAUGCAAAACGAUGCCAAGGUUAACUGCGCUGCGUUUCACGCAUCCUCCAACCUGCUGGUGGUGGGCUUCUCUAAUGGUCUUUUCGGCCUGUAUGAUCUACCCGAGUUCAACACCAUCCAUCUUCUCAGUGUCUCCCAAAGUAACAUUGAUGUUGUGACCAUUAACCACUCCGGAGAGUGGCUCGCCAUGGGAUCAUCCAAGCACGGUCAGUUGCUAGUGUGGGAGUGGCAAUCCGAGUCGUACAUUCUCAAGCAGCAGGGUCAUCUCGACUCCAUGAACUCCCUUGUUUAUUCACCGGACGGACAGAAAAUCGUCACUACUGCCGAUGAUGGUAAGGUCAAGGUUUGGGAUGUCAAGUCUGGCUUCUGUAUCGUGACCUUCACUGAGCACUCAAGUGGAGUGACCGCAUGUGAGUUUGCCAAGAAGGGUAGCGUUCUUUUCACUGCUUCUCUGGACGGUUCGAUCCGAGCCUGGGAUCUCAUUCGAUACCGCAACUUCCGGACUUUCACCGCACCCUCCCGUCUGUCGUUCUCUUCGAUGGCUGUGGACCCUAGUGGUGAGGUGGUCUGCGCCGGGUCGCCGGACUCUUUCGACAUUCAUGUGUGGUCUGUGCAGACUGGCCAAUUGCUUGAUCAGCUGUCCGGCCACGAGGGCCCCGUAUCCAGCCUUGCCUUUGCCUCCGAUGGUAACCAUCUGGUCAGUGGCAGCUGGGAUCGCACUGUGCGUAUCUGGAGCAUCUUCGGUCGUACACAGACUAGUGAGCCUCUCCAGCUCAUGUCUGAUGUUCUGAGUGUGGCGUUCCGUGCCGAUGGUAAGCAGGUCGCAGCCUCUACACUGGAUGGCCAGCUGUCAUUUUGGAAUGUCAACGACGCUGCCCAGGAGGGCGCCGUGGACGGCCGUCGUGACGUGUCCGGAGGCCGGAAGGUAUCCGAUCGUCGAACCGCCGCGAAUGCCGCGGGAACUAAAUCAUUCAAUCGAAUCACAUACAGUGCCGAUGGCAGCUGCAUUCUGGCGGCUGGUAACAGCAAGUACAUUUGCUUAUACGAUGUGGGCACGGGAUCCCUUCUCAAGAAAUACACUGUAUCAGUGAACUUGUCCCUGGAUGGUACUCAGGAGUUCCUGAACAGCCGCAAUCUCACCGAGGCUGGUCCUCGCGCUCUUCUCGAUGAGACUGGCGAGGCCUCUGAUAAGGAGGAUCGUAUCGACCGCACCCUUCCCGGCGCGAAACGUGGCGAUGCUGGUGCUCGCACCACUCGCCCGGAAGUACGAGUGAUGGCGGUCGAUUUCUCACCAACCGGUCGUGCAUUCUGUGCUGCCUCUACCGAGGGUCUCCUCAUCUAUAGUCUGGACACGGACUUUGUAUUCGAUCCCUACGACCUUGACAUUACCAUCACACCGUCCACUAUUCUUGCGACACUUGAAGCCGCAAAGGUGGCGUCUGCGACCAACACUGUCGACGAUGACAACACAUUCUUGAAGGCUUUGAUUAUGGCAUUCCGCUUGAAUGAAAACAAGCUGAUGCGCGCUGUGUACGAGUCAAUUCCUCCCCAAGAUAUCCCCCACGUGGUCCGUUCAGUGCCCACGGUCUAUCUUCCCCGCCUGCUUCGUUUCGUCGCACUCGCAGCCGAUGAGACCCCUCAUCUUGAAUUUAACUUGAUGUGGAUUGAGUCUCUCUUCAGUUGCCAUGGUCGGUAUUUCAAGGAGAACUCGGGCACAUUCGCCCCUGAGCUGCGUGCCGUCCAGCGCGCUGUUGAUGACAUUCGAGAGAACCUCAAGCGGUUGACAGAGAAGAACCUCUACGAUCUGAACUACCUUCUGUCCAAGCCUGUUCUGGCUGAUAAGAAGCCCGCUGCCACUCUAUUGGCACUAACUUCUGGUGAGGCUGAUGAGACCGAUGAGCAGAUGGUCGAAGCCGAGGACGAAGAGGGCGGCGAGUGGAUUGGUUGA